AUGGAUCAAAGUGCUGGAAACCUGAACAAAAACGGUAGAGCGCUUGACGUGCUUGAAAAACACAUUUCUCAACAUAACAAACGCGCAAAAACUAGCAAUUAUGGUGCACUGUCAUCGAUGUGGCAGACGAUAUCGGACUCUUCACGAAUCACAACUUCGCCCAAAAAGACAUUGAGGCAAUCGAGAGAUAGCUCGCCUUCGAGAAAACACGAAAAAUAUGUGUUUUUGACCCCCACAGACCCUUUGGAGGCUAAGGAUACUCGGAAACUGCGGUCUUCGCCAUUAAGAAAAUCUGUGACAUUUUCUGAUAAUAUUGAAUCAUCUCCGCCACAAGAACAGCUGGAUUCCAGUCCCCGCUCAUUUUCUCAGGCUCGCCCAUCAAAAUCCAUACUUAAACUUACCGAUUCGCCCGUGAUGAAAGUCAGUCCCCGUCGUAACAGAAAAGCUCACGCGAGACCCGCAAGUGAGCAUUUGGAGCUGGACUCCAGCGAAAAUGGAGGAUCAAAUCCGUUGAAUAUCGACUUUUGGGUUUGUGGCGAAGUCCACAGCCUUCAUGAUAUCAACAGCGUUGCUGAAUUCAAAGCGCUACUAACUGGAGGCCUAUAUUUCAUGUCUAGUGCCUUACCCACCGCUCAUGAACGGCUCUUCGAGCUCUACGCUACUUUAAACAACAUCAUGCCAGCCUAUGUUCAUCACACGCAUUUUGAUGUCAAGGACAAAAAACUCUCGAUUGUUAUCAACAAUAUUGAUCUUGUACUAUCAACGUGUACGCCUCAUUUGAUCGAGCACCAAUCAGCUCUUCUAGAAACCCAAAAGAAAGAUCCUUUUGUGUCCCGAACUUACGUGCAGAUCGUUCGUUUUCUAAGCUUCAUAUUUUCCAGCUUCAGGAUAGUAGAGGCCUGCAAAGAUAAAUCACUUUUCCAAUCCUCAUAUCAGAAGGUUGUGGCAUGCUGCAUCGAGACAAUGGGUCACUCAUAUUCAAACAAAGUUAUGAUCACAGCCCAGCUUGCCUUCCUGCGCGACGAGCAAGUGGGUUUGCUAAGAAAUUCUGAGUUAAAUGUGUCGUCGGUAAUCCAGGCUUUGAUUAAAAUGAAAAAGAUAGAAAGUUCAAACCUCAUUUGUGAAAAGCUUCUGUUACUAAAAAAGUUUGUUUCAAGAUACACAGAUGUUAUGUUUGAAACAGUCGACAUUUGGCUUACAACUGAAGUUUUAUCACGGCUUCUUCCUAAUCAACAGUUCUAUUCAUCGAAAAUUGCCAGCAUUUGUGUUUCGAUUCUACUUGAUCUUUUAAAGAGGUCGUUGACGGAGUCAACACAUCCGAAUGUGUAUAGCGCGCUCACGAAACCAAUCAAAGAUUUGGAAGUUUCUCUCGAUUCUGAAUAUAAAAACUCACAGAAGCGUUCCAAAAUGGGUCAAAAGUCAACGGUGUCUCAACUGCUAUUGCAAAGUGUGGAAUACCUUCUCACUGAAAAAUCCGAACAUAAGUUAGCAUUCGAUCUUUGGCUUUCGAUGGUCGGACUUCUUUUCAAUUCAACUUCUGAGCUGGAUGAACUUUGCUCAGAUCCUAUGAAUGAAUGGUUACUGUUAAAUCUGAAACACCAAAACGCGGGCGUUCAUAGUGUUUCCGGCCUGGCAUUACGCUCGUGGAGAAUAGUAACCUACGUGAUUUGCACAAAGAGUGUACCUUCUCCGAAGAACGCCCGCCAAGUGGACGUUUUGCUGGAACCAUUCAGCCCGGCACAAUUUGAAAGUAGAACCCUUGAUGAUGGCGAUGAUGAUAUAUUUCUUCUGCGUGGAAUUCUGUAUUUGGCUCUGUGUAAUCAUCAGCCAGAUGCCUUCUCCCACAAUUUUAAAAAUAUCAUAAAGCCACUUCUUUUGAGAAUAUCAGACUCUCACGAAACAGCUGGAGUCGGCUUCUAUACUCUACAAAUGCUAAGCUCUCUUUGCCAACCUUCAAAAAUCGAGAAUGACUUUCAGAGAGAUUUCAACUCGCUAAAGGUAAUUGCAUCUCCAGGGUUAGGUAUGGAUGACUUUCUUCAUUUUUCAUCUCAAAUAUUUGAUCUUCAUUGGGACAUGCUUUUCAAAACUGCGCUCAAACUAAAUCGGUUGGCGGAUGUGGGUUCUCUCGAAAGUUCAUUCAAUUUCCUUGCUUCAACUAUCAGAAAUACCCCGAAGCAAUUAAUACGCAAGGAAGUAAUAGAUAUGUGCUUGAAAUCACUAUCAGAUGCAUUGGAAUGUUCUAAUCAGAAUAUUCAUUGUCGCGUUAUUCACGCUUUGAGUUGCAGCAUGAUAGCAUUCAACGACAAUAUGUGGAUGGGAUUUAAAAGUAACGUUAAUCUCAAAAAGGUUGUGAAGCAAGUGGUGCGACAUAAUGAUUUGAGCAUUUUGGAAAUUCUUAAGGGCGUAGUGGAAUCUACGAAAGGACUAGUGCCUGAUUUGGAAAUUUACGAUUAUUUUUUGAGUUUCGAAGACAAGUAUGUCGAAACCUAUAUCUCAAAUUCUGUUUGUUCGAAAAUACGUUCGUCUGAGAUGUCGAAUAGUACAUUUAAUGCACUACUCAACAUUGCGGAAAGCAUUUCUGAUGAACAUUUAGCGGAAAACGUGAUGGGGAUCUGCGAUAAACUAAGGCGGGAUUUGGGUUACGAGGAACAUCAAAUCAUGAUGGCUUGCGAUCUUCCUACUUUAUUCAAAUAUCUUAGACUUCGUCUCAGCUUGCAAACUGAAACUAUUGAUCCGACCUUCAUAACCCAAUUUACGGCAGUUUUGAAGAACCACAAUCAAUUGAAGUUUGAACUGCACAGAGCUCUAGAUAAUAAGCACUAUACCAGUCUGGUCUUGCAAGCUUUAAUUCUUGAAAGUCGCAGGUACGCAGGCACAGCCGGUGCCUACAUAGAGGCAUGGAGACCCGUGCUUUCAAAUUAUCCGCUGAGCGAACUGGACAACGCAUUGAAACAGGUUGAGGAGUUAGCCGUUGAUUUUGGAUUAUGCUUUAUUUUGCGCGCCUUGGAAACGGACAUUAUUCAUAACUCAACACUUUCUUCUUGUUUGAAAGAGAAGUUUAUGAGUUUACCCUUAGACGGACAAAGGAAUUCUUCCGACUCAAACACACUUGAAUUUCAGUUCCUUCAGAAAUGUUAUGAUACGCAAAGCUUUUCGCUUUUGAACGAAGCUAUAAAAAGGUUUAUACUCUCGGGUCUACUGCUUCCUGUGGUGCGGUUCUGGCGCGACAGCUCUGAAAAGGACGCAAAUGUUUUAGAUGCUGAAGCGUUAGUUCUUUUGGUUAGCGACGUUGGGGGAGACGACCGCAUGGAUUACAAGGUUGUCAAGAAUCGUUUGAACCAGUCUUACGACUUCGCUUUGAGUGUUAUUGAGGCGGCUUUGAAAUAUCGCAAAGAUCAGAUUUUGAUUGAACUCAAGGAGAAUUUUGCGGCGCUUCUGCUCGAUUGCACUGGAAAACUUAAAAACAGUGAACUUCGAGUCAAGGACGCUCUCAAAAAAGCCUCUCCGAUAUUGAUAGUCCCUGAUAACAAAGCUAUAGAUCCAGCUUUGCAGAUGCUCUUCCGAUCUUUACCCGCAAGGGAAGGGACAUUGGCAUACGAGCAGUUAGCUAUCGUCUGUUCCUCCUUUAAAAAUGAGAAUAGAGAUCUCGAUAAAAUUCGAGAGCUACUCGACUCUGGGGCCCCCGACCUUACUUUGCAACCCUAUGAUGGAUUGGCCCCAAAGUCAAAAAGUCCACGAUUAUACCAUUUCAAGGCUGUACCCAAGAAAUGUGCCACUCCUGAGCCCUUGAAGACGUCCGACGAGAUCCAUAAUGAAUCUGAAAACAUUUCCGAGGCUCAUACAUCGGAGGAGGCACCUAAUCGUUGUGCUGACAAAGUCAGUGACCAACCUACCGAGCAUGGAUUGCGCAACAAAAAAGAACAAAUCACGAAUGGCCAGAAGAGGCUGUCCUCCUCUGAGUACUCAAAGCCUCUUGAUUCUACCGAGAACUUGUCCUCUGCUUCCGAAGAAAGGCUAUUGGUAAGCGUGAACUGUGAUCGUUCUUCGAGUCCUCAGUCGGCUCAUAAAAGAUGCUCUUCCUCAGCCGUCAAAAAUUCAGUCUCUGAUGAGAGGAGUCUUCAUGAAGCUGAAACAAAAGUGGAGGAGGACGGGAGAGAUCUAUCCUCCGUUAGAGAUGUGAGAAAUUUAAGUACCCUUCAAAGUGAUUGGAAGCUUUCUGAAUCGAGUCUUCAAGACCCUAUUCAAUUCAAUGUCACCGAUGAUGUACGCCAAAUGAAGCGUCAGAGUGAUUUGAAGUUACCGAUAUACAAGAUGAGUGCAACUAAAGAAACAACAUCCAACUGCAAAACCACAUUGGAAGCUUUUCGAGCGCCUUUACCGUCCUCAGAUGCAAGAGAUGACACAUCGGAAAGAACUUUGAGUGCGGUUUCAAAAACCAAUCAGGCCCCCAAUACUGACGUCGACGACUUAAGCAUUUUAAAUGGCGUGUUGCCCUCAGAUAAGCAGACGAAGAUGAUCGUUCAAAUCGUUAAGCAAUUUGGGAAGGAAGAAUUUAGUCAGUUGACACAAGCGCAGAAAUCCUAUCUUAAAGAUGCUGUCGUAAAGUUUGUUGCUAAACUAGGAUCGGGCGAAUCGAAGGGUAGGUAG